AUGUCUGCUGUUCAGCCUGUCGCAGUCUAUGCGCUCCGGGUUCCUCCCGGUGCCAUGGUGCAAGCAGUCCCCAAUGCUGCUGCUUCGUUCCGCAUCAGCAUGGCUGCUAUCGAUCCCGAUGAGGCCCCAGAGUUCGAGGAUGAGCAGGACUCGAGCAAGCCUCCCCGCUCUACUCUGAAGAUUGUUCGCGCUCCUCCCGGUCUUGGCCUCGGUGAGGAUGAUGAGGAUGACGAGGACUACAGUGAUGAGGAUGAAGAGGACUCCGAGGACGAAGAGGAGUCCAACGGCGGUCCUAGCGACAAGGAGAAGGCCCGUAAGCUCAAGGCAGCUGCUGCCCUCAAGGACCUCGAGGAUGCCAUGGACGAAGAUGAUGAUGAGGAGGAGGAGGAGAAUGACGAGGACUUCGACCUGAAGGCUGCCAUCUCCAAGCUCAUUAAGGGUAAGGGCCCUGCCCUUGACGAUGAGGAUAACGAGUCCGAGGAGGGCCUGGAGCUCGAUGAGAACGUUGUCUGCACCCUCAGCCCCAGCCAGAACUACCAACAGCCUCUGGAUAUCACUGUCUGCGAGGGUGAGCCUGUGUUCUUCAAGGUCACUGGUAACCACACUGUUUUCCUAACUGGUAACUACGUCAUUGGUCUCGAUGAGAGCCACGACCACGACCAUGACCACGAUGAUGAGGACGACGAGGAUGACUACGACCUGUCUCCCGAUGAGGAUGAGCUCGACAUGGAUGACCUCAUGGCCAUGCAGGAUGAUGAUGAGAGCGAUGACCUUGAUGAUAUGGAGGACCCUAGAAUCACCGAGGUUGAGAGCGAGGAGGAGGCUCCUAAGCUUGUUGAGGCUAAGAAGGGCAAGAAUAAGCGCGCCGCUGAGGAGGAAGCCAGCCUCGACGAUCUCAUGGCUAAGGCCAACAAGGCCAAGUCUACCAAGGCUGAGGAGCCCGCCUUGACCAAGGCCCAGCAGAAGAAGCUCAAGAAGAACAACGGCGAUGCCGCCGCUGUUGAGCCUAAGGAGGCCAAGAAGGAUGACAAGAAGGAUGACAAGAAGGAGGCCAAGACCGACAAGAAGGUCCAGGCCCUACCCCCCUCUGGCGACAAGCCCACCGGCACUCUUGGCGUUAAGGAGGUCCGUGGAGUCAAGAUUGACGACAAGAAGCUUGGAAAGGGUGUUGCUGCCAAGAGCGGCAACACUGUCGCUAUGCGCUACAUCGGCAAGCUCGAGGACGGCAAGGUUUUCGACUCCAACAAGAAGGGCAAGCCUUUCACCUUCAAGCUCGGAAAGGGCGAGGUCAUCAAGGGUUGGGACAUCGGUGUCGCCGGCAUGGCUGUCGGUGGUGAGCGUCGCAUCUCCAUCCCUCCUUCUCUCGCAUACGGCAAGAAGGCCCUCCCUGGUAUCCCCGGCAACUCCAAGCUUAUCUUCGACGUCAAGCUUCUCGAGAUCAAGUAA